AUGGCGUUCCUCGCGCCUCCUUCCCCGUCCGGGACCGCGUCGCGCGUGUCGCUAUUCGCGAGAGAUCUGCAGCUCCGCCUUCGGCCAUCCGUCACCGUGACCGCCGUUCCCGCCGCGAUCAGUGGUGGAUCUGUGCGGCUUUGCUGCACGUGCGAAUCGCAUUCGCCUUCGUCAGCUAAUAACGGUCCGACAAACGAGGCAUCGUUUCCUACUUUUCAGGAACGCGCACGGUCGUUGAACAACGUAGCAUAUCCUCUCUUCAGCUCCUCCAGCCAAUCAGAUGGUUCCAAAUCAGCUGCGACGUCGCCUGUAUCCGUCGCCGAGCGCGCUGACUCCAUUCCGUGCGACGAUGGCGACAACUUCCAACGUCUCGUGUCCGAUCAUCUCGCCGCACGCGUGCGACGAUACGGCCCGUCGUUCCUCGUCGGCACGUGUGUCGCACUCAGCCUAGCCUUCGGCUUGCCGCGCGCGGCGCAAGCUAAAGCCGACAAGCCGCUCGCCCCGCCGCCCACGCCGAUAGUGGGACGGCAGACCCCCGACGGGGGGAAGGCGGGGGGGAAGGAGGCGGCGGAAAGCACGCGCGCGCAAGCGGAGGAGCAGGAGCGCGCGGUGAAGAUGCUGGAGGACUUUUUGGCGAAGCACCCGCGCGACGUGACGGCGCUGCGCAUGCUGUUGCGCGUGCGCAUGAAAUGCGCGGACUUCGCGGGGGGCAUCAAGAUCCUGGACCAGCUCGUGGAGAUAGAGCCGGACGACAUGGAGUGGAAGUACAUCCGCGCGCAGGCGCAGGAGUUCGUGGGGGACCUGCAGGCGGCGCGCAAGGGCUUCCAGGACAUCCUCAAAGUCGACCCCUUCUCCGCGCGCGCGCUCCAGGGCCUAGCAACGGUGAUGCGGCGCAGCGGCGAGGACAGCCUGGUGCUGGGGAUGGUGGAGGAGGCGGUGGGAAAGGCGGGGCAGGCGGGCAAGCAGCAGGAGGCCACCAACCUCAAGAUGCUGCUGGGCCAGCUGCACGCGCUGCAGGGCAACGUGGAGGCAGCCAUAGCGCAGUACGACGCCAUCAGUGCAAGUGACCCGAGUGACUUCCGGCCGUACCUGUGCAAGGGGCUUGUGUUCUCCCUCAUGGGCGACACCAAGCAGGCCGACGCACACUUCAAGGAGUUCCGCCGCCGCUGCCCCAAGAACUACGCCAGCUACCUGGAUAACAUGCUGGUUAAAUCCACGGUGGAGGCGCGGCGGCAGGAGGUGAGGAGCAGUGGGGAGUUCUGA